AUGUCUGCUAUGACGGGUCCGAGAUCACCUACUUCUCCGUGGCCUCAGGAGCCACCAAACCUACAAAUCACAGGUCACCCUACCUCAGCAGCAAUUUUUUCGUUGUGUGACUCUCACCAGUCUCCGCUCAACUCCAGCCUUAGUCCUCACAAUACAGUCCCAGAACGUUCGGGUCCUAAUUAUUUCUCUAUCAGCGUGGAGAGUUCCACCACUCCUAGAAAGACUGGUGAUACGCUCUCUUAUGCCCAUCGUGUCUUACCGAAAAAGGAUUUUAUUUCUAACCAGUCUGAUACCUCUACGAGUAUAAAGUCUGGAAAUGGUCGUGCCGUUGCAGUUGAACGCUGUGCUGAGUUACUCGAAUCCUCGCCCAAUGAUGUCAUGCUGUUAGAUGUGCGGCCAUAUGCGCACUUUGCGAAAGGGAGCAUCAAGGGAUCGUUGAAUCUUUGCAUACCAACGACUUUAUUGAAACGUCCUUCGUUUGAUACACAAAAGUUGGCAAAUACUUUCACAAAUCACGUGGACAGGAUGAACUUUGCCAGGUGGAAACAUUGUCGUUAUAUCAUCGUCUAUGAUUCAGGGACUUCUGACAUGAAGGAUGCAGGGCCUUUGACAAAUGUGUUGAACAAGUUCACGACCGAGGGAUGGGAUGGGGAUGGGCUAAUCCUUAGGGGUGGGUUCGACUCAUUCUCGAACCGAUUUCCCUCUCUCUUGCAACAGCAAAGUUCGCCUGCAAAACUGUCAAAGAAGCCAACUUCAAUGCACAUAGACCUACCAUCUGUUGCCCCUAUUGCUGGGGGUUGUGCUUUGCCUGAUUCCUCACGUCCCACAAUCCCCUUUUUUGGGAACAUCCGGCAGCACAUGGAUCUUCUUGGUGGUGUCGGUCAAAUUCCUCUUCGGCUGCCCGAGAACCUGACAGAAUCGUUGAGGCAGUCACUACCACCUUGGCUGCGGGAGGCGACAGAUCCAGCAGACCAAGGUCGUAGCGUUUCACAGAAAUUUCUAGAGCUCGAGAAGAAAGAGUUAGAACGCAUGAAACAAGCACUGACUUAUGACAAGUCUUCCGAUACUUCAGCAGCCGAUGCUUUCCCGGAGAAAUUCCGUGUCGCAGGUAUCGAGAAAGGCACAAAAAACAGAUAUAACGACAUUUAUCCUUUUGAUCACUCCCGGGUGAAGCUGCAGGAUGUGCCGCCUGGGGAAUGUGAUUACGUAAAUGCAAACUUCAUGAAAGCAGAGUAUGGCAAUAAGCGCUACAUAGCUACUCAAGCCCCUGUACCUGAUACAUUUACUGAUUUCUGGCGUGUAAUCUGGGAACAAGAUGUCAGGCUCGUCGUUACUUUGACUGCAGAGUUCGAAAGAGGCCAGAUUAAAUGUCACCCAUAUUGGGAGUCUGGAAAAUACGGGCCUCUUCAGGUCAACAACUUUUCCCAGAAAUACCUCGAUAUAGAUUCUCCACAUUCGCAUCAAGUCGGUCCUUCAUUAAAAACAAGCGAGGAUUCCGGGAACAAGUCUUGUUUGCAACUGUUCCGGGUGCUCCAAAGGCGCGCGUCCCGGCAACUGUAUGGUGCCCAGUUCACCGCAAGUUGUACUCAUUUCCACUUUGGGCCAUUGGUCCUUGAUGUCAAAGCAUCAUCGCUAGCCCCCUCAGAACACCAGGCCUUGGCACUUGUUUACAAAGGCCACGAGGACAUUCGACUUUUUCGCACCGAGAAUGGCCAACUUCAACUUAAAGCUUGCUUGAAACCACACCGACUUCAGCCAGGCAUAGUCGAGGUUCUAAGGACAGCCUUUGAUGCAGAUGAUGGCCUCUAUGUCCUACAACGCUUUACACCUACGGUUGAAGAAAGUCCAGACUCAGAGCACCCAUUCAUUAAACAAGCAUCUAAAUGUUAUAUCGGGGGGCAGAUCUAUCUCAUUCGCUACUCCCUCCAGUCUCGCCAUGAUCCUGUUCGCGUGUGUACAUUCCCGGACCAUGCUGAGUAUGAGCCUUUGGCUCUCGCCGCUGCCAAUCGAGAUACUUUUGCAAUUUCCUGGCAGCAUUGCCGUGAAAGUGAAGACUAUGAAGUAGUGCUUUAUAAUGCACAGAGCACAUCUAGCGUCCACAGCCUGCCAAGCGCAAUAGAUCUUGCAUAUGAUUCUUAUGUCCUUGUAGACUGGACCAAACAGCAUCAAGAUGAUGACGUACACCUCCAUGCAAGGUUGGCCGGUCCCCGUUUCAACUGUCAGAAAGGACCCGUUAUAGACCUUGCAUUCAACGAUAGAUCAACCCAAAUACUCUAUUACCACCGAGCCCAAACUUUAUAUGGGUCAUUUCAAAGGAUCAAUAUGACUUCUUUCCCGGUCCAGCCUACAUUAUAUGAGAACUCAUCGCUGGUACAGUUCUCGGGUUCCUUGAGUCUUCUCUUCUCAAUCGCCAUUCCUUUUUAUGGAACACAUGUAACGCGAGUGGAGGGAAACGGGCAUUCCAGAUGUCACUGGAAAUACCUUGCUUUAGGAAUAGCGACUCAUCGCACGGAAGAUUGGACAGUCGCAUGUUUGUUGAAAUCCGAAGCAAGCUGCUCAUCUCAACUUUGUGGACAUAUUCUGAACCUUGAACGCGGGCGACGCUUUUUUGACUGGACAGUAGUUGCACGACUUUGGGGCUUUCAGGAUUCAAAUAAUUCCCUCGGUUGUAAAGUUGCUACUUCGAAACAUGGCACACGGAUUGCUGUCGCUAACUGGAAUGUCUUGUACAUCUGGGCACUGCAGCCCAGUGCACUCAUCAAACAAAAUUCCAACGGGUAUUACCCGCCCUUGCUGCUGUCCCCAGACUCAGGAAUGGUCGAACUGCGGCCGAUAGUUAUCCCACUAGAUGCGGUCUGCUUCAAACUACGUUUUACAGAUGUGGAGGACGAAUUGUUGGCUAUCACAGACAGAGGGUUGAUGUACUGGGAUCUUGGCCCGUGGAAGUAG